GUAUGGUCUAAAGAGAAACGCCGUCAAUGGCGCGUAUGCACCAGCCUCGUAAGUCUUUUCACAUUGCCAACUCCGAUCCUUCAAUGGCCCUAGUCGCAACUUGGAGUCUCCUCAAUGUCCGUCGCGUUUUUCCAUCAGCUCAAGAUCUUCCGCACUCUAUUAGCAUUGCCCGUUCAAGCCUCCGUUCUCAAUGCUCUUCGAUGUUCUUUUCCUCUUCAUUCCCAUUCAACAAGCGUCAGACGCCUCCACAAGGAUCUGCUGCACGUAUCCGCUGCGCUCUCUGCGUGGCUCGACACACGCCAGGUUGCGCAGUGCCAUGUGUUCCUCCACUGUCUUCACGAGGGUACCAGCAGUUUUCGUAGACCUUACCUGCUUCCAUAGGCCAUCUACUUAUGGCCGUCCUCAGGUCUGGACAUCGGUUUGUUCAAGUCUCCAUGUUGCAUUUCAAUUCAUCCAUCAGACCAAGAUUA